CAAGUCUGCUGGGAGAUGCCAGACUUGCGCAGACAGUAGCAGCAGACGCAACGCAACACCAGGCUGAACUCCAAAUCAAACAUUAGGAGGAUUUGAGGAAGUGUGUCCAGUCCAGCCUGUCGGGUGGUGCUGGUGUUGGCGAGACAGCGGGCAUUGCCAUGUCCCAGGCAUAGGUUUUAGUCUCCGGUGUGGUGGUGGUGGUGGGAGGUGAUGAAGCUGAAGCAGCGUGUGGUGGUGCUCUGCGCUGUGCUCUUCCUCCUCGGCCUGGCCAAGGUCUUCCUGCUAGAUGGAGGAGAGGGAUCGGCCGCUAGCCGGCGCGACCUUCGGGCCUUUCGAAAGAUGGAAGCCAGCCUUUCCCUGGCCAAAGGAGCUCGUCUCACACACACCCUUCAGUCACCCUGGGAAGUGGCCGCCCAGUGGGUGGGUCCACGAGAGGUUUACCCGGACGAAACACCUGAGUUAGCUGCUGUGCUGAAUGCUCUGGCCACCGCUCGUGUGGAGAGGGCAGACGUGGGGUAUAAAGGAACCCAGUUAAAAGCCCUGCUGGUGCUCGACGGGGGACAGAAAGUUGUAUUCAAGCCCAAAAGGUACGGUAGAGACUAUGUGGUGGAGGGAGAGCCAUAUGCAGGGUACGAUCGCCAUAAUGCAGAAAUCGCUGCUUUCCACUUGGACAGGAUUCUGGGUUUUAGGAGAGCGCCUCUGGUGGUGGGGAGGUUUAUGAAUCUGCGCACAGAGAUAAAGCCAGUGGCUACAGAUCAACUGCUGAGCACUUUUCUGAUGCACGGGAAUAAUACGUGUUUCUAUGGGAAGUGUUAUUACUGUCGUGAGACGGAGCCGGCAUGCGCAGAAGGGGAUGUGAUGGAGGGAUCGGUGACUUUGUGGCUCCCUGACGUCUGGCCCUUACAGAAACACAGACACCCAUGGGGACGCACAUACAGAGAGGGCAAACUCGCCAGGUGGGAGUAUGAUGAGAGUUACUGCGAGGCUGUGAAGAAAAUGCCCCCUUACGAUGCUGGUCCGCGACUGCUGGAUGUUAUCGACACGUCCAUCUUCGAUUAUCUCAUCGGCAAUGCUGACCGCCAUCACUAUGAGAGCUUCCAGGACGAUGGCGGAGCCAGUAUGCUCAUUCUUCUGGACAAUGCCAAAAGUUUUGGGAACCCGUCUCUGGAUGAGAGGAGUAUCCUCGCCCCGCUCUAUCAGUGCUGCAUGGUCCGUGUGUCCACCUGGAACAGACUGAACCUCCUGAAAAGUGGCGUGUUGAGUUCAGCCAUGCGGCAGGCCACGGCUCACGAUCCUGCUUUUCCAGUCUUGACGGGAGCACAUCUUGCUGCGCUCGACCGGCGCCUGAAUGGAGUAUUAGCCACCGUCCGGCAGUGCAUGGAGACGCAGGGCUCUGAAAACACACUGAUUGAAGACCGCAUGAACCUGCCUCAUCCGUAAAACACACUUGGACAAACCAGGGAAGUACAAAUGUGAUUGACUCUUGAUGCGCAGGCUUCUUUUGCCUUCUGCUAUAGAGCCAGAGACGAGGAGUCGAAGAGAAAGCCUUAGGAGUCGAAUUUUUCACUGGAUUUAUUCAGCGCUGAGGCCAAGGAGACUUUACUUACCGUUUUAUUUUGUCUUGAUCUGGAUGGAGGGAGGAGGCCUUGAUAACAUGUAGGUGGGAUAUAACACUACAGCAGAUAUUGUCGUUCUUUUCGUUUCACUUUUUACUUCUUUUGGCCAUCCACAGGAAGAUGGAUGAACGAUUCGGAAACGUGGAAUUUAAUAUUUGGCCUUAUUAGACUCCGAUAACUGGAAAGCGACCAUGAUGGAUUAGCAAGACUAUAUGAACAGACCUUUUAAUGAUCUACCGGAUUGUAAAUAAAAGAACAGGUUUUUGAUUAAUAUGGAGUAAUAAUAUUAUUGAUCUGAAGAUUAAAUGAUGGGUUAUGUUGUGUUCUGAAUGCAGGAUGGAUACAGAGUCGUACGGAUGUUAC